UACCCCUAACCCUACCCCUCUGAAGCGUAAGAAAAAUCACACAGAAAAUAGAAUACAUACACAAAAAGACUAUUUGGUAAGAGAAAUCCAAAAAACCAGAAACUGAAAUCACACAGAGUGAAGAAUGUGAGAUAUAGAGAGAGAAAGAAAGAAAGGGCUUUAAGCACUAAAAAGAACGCUUAAAAGAAACAAACUCCUUAACUUUCUCUCUCACUAAAAACCACCAAACCCCCACGCCCCACUCCCCCAGACCCCCUGACCCCCACACACAACUCCUACCAACCCACCCCACGCUACCUUACAGUUUGAUCAAAACAACCUUCAAACCUUCUUUUCACACAUACACUCACUCACUCACUUUCACAUACAGACACUCUUCUUCUUCACUCUGUUUAUAGAUAUUUACAUAUAAAUACAAAACAAACCUCAUAUAUCUAUCUCUCUACACGUAGAGUCCCUUGUACAUAUAUAUACACAUCUUGUUUAUCGGUGGUAAUUACAACAACAACAACAACAACAACAACAGAGAGAAAAAGAGAAAGAAAGAAGGCAAAAAUGGAGAAGCGGUACAGUGGGACAAACACCACCGAAGGUGAACCGGUGGAUCCGGUUUCUGAAUGGUCUGUUCCCGUUCGGCAAACCGGACUUGAAGAGCCUAUGUGGCAAUUAUCAGUUGGUACGGGCCAAGAACCUUACCCUGAACGGGCUAACGAGCCCGAUUGUAUUUAUUACUUGCGUACGGGUUUCUGUGGUUAUGGUGCUAGGUGUCGGUUUAAUCAUCCACGGGACCGGACUUCGGUUUUGGGAGCGAUGAGAGCUACUAGCGGAGAAUACCCUGAAAGAGUGGGUCAACCUGUUUGUCAGUACUAUAUGAGGACAGGGAUGUGUAAAUUUGGUGCCUCAUGCAAAUACCAUCAUCCAAGGCAGGGAGGUGGAUCUCCAGCACCGGUGACAGUUAACAUCCAUGGAUACCCGCUGCGUCCGGGUGAAAAGGAUUGUUCGUAUUAUGUCAAAACUGGGGAGUGUAAAUUUGGCGUCACUUGUAAAUUUAAUCAUCCACACCCUGCUGGAGCACAGGUGCCAGCAGCUGGACCUGGACCUCUGACUGCACCAGCAGCUGUUCCUGCACCGCACUUUUAUCCAACGGUGCAGUCUCCUUCUGUUCAAUCAGCACAACAAUACGGGGUAGUUUCUGGCAACUGGCCAGGUGCAAGGCCAACUCUACUUCCUGGUUCAUAUAUCCCCGGGGCUUAUGGUUCUAUGCUUCUUCCCCAGGGGAUGGUUCCUCUACCAGGUUGGACUCCUUAUCCGGCACCUGUUAGUCCGGUUCCGUCCCCAAGUACUCAGCCUGCUGCUGCAGCAGGCCCAAUGUAUGGGCUUUCUCAACUAUCUCCUUCGGCACCUGCCUACACAGGACCAUAUGGAUCUGUUCCUUCUUCUGCUGGUCCUUCAAGCAGCAGCCAAAAGGAGCAAGCAUUUCCAGAAAGGCCUGGACAACCGGAAUGUCAGUAUUACAUGAAGUAUGGGGACUGUAAAUAUGGAUCGUCUUGUAGAUACCAUCAUCCACCUGAGUGGAGUGGACGUAAAUCAAGUUUUAUCCUCAGUGCUAUGGGCCUCCCUAUUCGUCCGGGUGCACCAAUUUGCUCUCACUAUGCACAAAAUGGAGUCUGCAAGUUUGGGCCUUCUUGCAAGUUUGACCAUCCAAUGGGAAUGAGUUAUACUGCAUCUGCUUCUGUUCUUGCUGAUUUGGCUGUUGCUCCUUACCCUGUGGGAUCUUCUAUGGGUAUGUUGGCUCCGUUGCCCUCAUCCUCAGACUUGCAGCCUGAACUCAUUUCUGGAUCUGGCAGGGAUGCCUUCUUAACUCAAACAUCUUCCAUGAACACUUCAAGCGCUUCAGUUGGUUCAAUGUUUUCAAUGGGUGCACCUGCUUCUCAUUCCGGUGUUCAGCAAUCUGUUGUACAGGGUUCUAAUCCUUCUUCCAGUGGUGGCAGCAGUAGCAGCAGCGCAGGCCAUGGAAGUGAGGCUCGCACGUCAAGUUGAGAUAAAAGAUUGAGUGAUCACAUUUUUUAUGUUGCUCAAUGAUCGCAUAACGAGCAGUCUAUUUUUUUGGUGCUAGUCCCUUUUAGGAGGAUUUUAUCUUAUUAGCCAUCUUGGUUCUUUCAAUUCAGAUCUAGUACACACUCUGGUUCUGGUCCAUCUAUUGUUCAUAAAGUCACUAUAAGGCCACCUUUUUUCAUUUUGAAUAAGUGAUAUCCAUCUAUCCUUGAAAGGUCCAAUUACCCUCAGUAGAGGUUUGUAGCUAGUUUCUGAAUAACGAGAAAGAGACACCACCUUCCAUUUUAGAUCAAUCUGCAACCAUACCCCAAUUUUUGGACCUUGUUGUGGCUAUUUAUGUAGUAGUCUUUUAGCAAACAAAAACAUCCCUCCUACACCAUUGCCCUUCGAAAUUUGGCUGUCUUCACCUAUCCUUUUAGUCCUUAAAUCUCCAAACUUGGACUUCGGAAUGAAUACCAAGGUCUUCUUUUCCCCUGCUUUCUCAAGGCUUUAUUGUGAAGAAACAGUUGAUGAACUUACAGAUUCUGAGCAAGACAAUGUUUCAUUGUCUUUUAUGGUAUUUGUUCGAUACUUAUGUUGUAAUAUGGGGGAAUUGCUCGAAUUUAUCAAGUACAGUUUAAAAUACCAAGUGGACAACUUUGACUGUGUAAGAAUUGCUACUUUUUUCUUUUUCA